AUGAAGGUCGAGUACGGGACUGGGUGGGAGGACUAUCUCACGAGCGCGGAGUGGGAGAAGAUCUUGCAAGAGAGUCAUGACACACUUUCCUGGAGCAUUGGGAAGAAGGGAGUCGGCAAGGGAAAGGGCAAGGAUCAGCAACGGGCACGGCGAACCAAGCCGAACGUGUGUUGGCACGGGUCACAGUCGUACCAGCCAGCUGUCACGGAGAUGGUGGAGACUGGGACCAUCAAGUCGUUGUUUGGCGCGCACGAGAGGGUCAAGGCAGCUGCUGAGUCCUCAGGCGAGACCACGACGGGCCGUGCGACGGCGGGCAAGGCUUGGGACACAGCUGCGCUCGGAGAGCUAAGACAGACGAGGCGAGACUGCAGCGAUCGUCACGAAAGUGCCCGCCUCUCCAACAUGAUCGCAACAGACACCCGGCGCCUCCUGAGAAAGUGGCAGACGGAUCGGCAGAUGAUGUCGAAAUUCGAGGACCUGGGUCAACUCCGGGGAAGUAAUGCCGAGCCUGCGAAGACACGCACUUCGCAGAGACCAGCGCCUCGUCAUUUCGCCGACGUUUUGGAGGGCGUGUACUCUUGCAGCGAGCUGCCGCACGAACUCGGAGAUGCCUCGCUACUCGGGCAAAUCCCGGAUUUCGGCGCGAUCGAGCUGAGGAGGGCGCUCUGGCAGCUGUCUGGAGGCAGAUGCGCGGACAAGCACGGCGUCGUUUGGGAGAUUAUUGCGAAAAGUGGCGCAUCACUGCACAAAGUAUUACUUGGAAUCUUCAACCGGAUCCAGCGAAGGCUCUUGACCGGGUCUGCUACAGCUCGCAAAGUCGACGAAUCCUACCUCGAGCUGCUGGCGCGGCUGUACUCCCGGCAGUCCGGCAACGUCGGUGGACAAGGCCUCUCCAUGAAUGGCUCCAAAACGCAGAUACUGACCACGGAGUCUGAGGCUUCGGACAGCGAUGCCCCGCUUCUGGCUCAUGCUGGAGAAUUCAUGGUGGAGAUCUUGCGACGCGGGGCAACGCACAAGUACUUGGGGCGUCUGUUCUCUGGAGGCCGCGCUCCAACGGCACCUCGUGCAGAGUGGAGCCAGGUGCGGCAACUCGCCAGAGACAAGCUGCUGCGCACCGUCGACUCCGGAUCGGCGCCGCUAGUCGCGCAGCUGGCCGCCUACUCGAUGCCGGAUCGGCCCUGGGCCGAUCGGGCGUUGCGUGGCGUUGCGAAGUUCCGCGGCCAACAGUACCAGUUUGGAUACCAGUUGAUUGAGGGCUGGGCGGGAAGGGGCAUCGCCAG